GUCUUAAACAACUAUCACCGUGUCUCACUCCACUUAUAAAAGCUAGCAAUCCAAAAUUCUUGUGAUGAAGAAUAAAAUAGUGAAAAGAAAGAUGAGUGAGAAGUGAGAACCCUCAUCUCAUUACCAAAACAUUAAACUAUAGAAUUUUACAAACUUUCGACCACCACAAGUCCACAACAACAUAAAUUUAGUAAAAGCAAUCAACUGAAGAUUCCCACACUUAAUUCCGCUUAGGCUAUGGCUAUUCCUUUUCCAUUUACACUGUAAGCGUGGUGCCCAAGCCGAGUUCCAAUUCCCUACAUCCACCCCAUCAAUUCUCAAUCUGAAUCCAUGAGUCUACCCACUCUUAAAACUCCACGUCAGCAACAUACACACAAUCAUCAAGACAAAAUGACAUCCGAUCAUCCAAGUCCUUGUCUCUGCUUCCUCGCUAAGCUUCUCCAAUUUUGACUCCAUCCCACUUAUAAAUUCCGCCCCAGAACCAAGAAAUUGUACAAAAUUCUGAUUUAUUUUUUUUCAUCUCAGAAAAAGGGAAGAGUUUUUGUGAGAAAACCCGUCAAGAAAAAUGCAGUCUUUCGGGGAAAUGCAGUCGAUGGCGACGAAUAUUUUCUCGGCCUACGCGUCGGUGGCGGCGUCCAUGAUGCUGUACCGGUCGAUGGUCAAUGAUAUCAUCCCGGAACCCGUGAAAGCCUUCUUCUACUCCACGUUCAAUCGCUUUUUCAAAAGCUUCUUCGACAGAUUCUUCGGCAAACUCUCGACCCACAUGACUGUCGUUGUCGACGAGCAGAACGGCUUCACGAGGAACCAAAUCUACGACGCGGCUGAGAUUUACCUCCGCACGAUAAUAAACCCCGACGCGGAGAGACUGAAGGCGAACAAGACCACGAAGCAGAAGAACAUCAGCCUCAGCAUGGAGAAAGGCCAAGAACUCACCGAUUUUUAUAAAGACUUUCAGCUGAAAUGGCAGUUCAUUCUGGUGGAGCCCGACGGGGACAAGGGCAGGUUCCAGUCGGAGAAGAGGUACUUCGAGCUCACCUUCGAGAAGCAAAACAAAGACACAGUUCUGAACGAUUAUUUGCCGUUUGUUUUAGCGAAAGCUAAGGAAAUGAAAGAGAACGAACGAGCGGUGAAACUGUACACGAGGGACUGUCCCUUCGACAACAACGACGACGACGAUGGUGGUGGAAACGGAGGUGGGUACUGGGGCUGCGUCAAUCUUGAUCAUCCAGCGACUUUCGACAAACUGGCGAUGGACCCGAAUAUGAAGCGGGCGAUAGUUGAAGAUUUGGACAGGUUUGUGAGGAGGAAAGAUUAUUACAGGAAAGUUGGGAAGGCCUGGAAGAGAGGAUACCUGUUGUACGGGCCGCCGGGGACUGGAAAGUCGAGUUUGAUUGCAGCGAUUGCCAACUAUUUGAGGUUUGAUGUGUAUGAUUUGGAGCUGACAAGUGUGUAUUCGAAUUCGGAGUUGAGGAGGAUUCUGCUUUGCACUAACAACAAGUCAAUACUUGUGAUUGAGGACAUAGAUUGCAGUGGCCAGAUGCACGACAGGGAAAGGGAUACACAGUCCGAGCACGAGGACUCCUCCAACACCAAGUUGACAUUGUCCGGACUGCUAAACUUCAUUGAUGGAUUGUGGUCGACUUGUGGAGACGAACGAAUAAUCAUCUUCACGACGAACCACAAAGAGAAGCUUGAUCCUGCGCUGCUACGCCCUGGUCGGAUGGAUAUGCACAUACACAUGGGGUACUGCACCCCAGAAGGAUUUGAUGUUCUGGCCUCAAAUUACUUGGGAAUCAAUGAUCAUCACAGGCUCGUUCCCGAGAUCAAACGGCUGAUUCGGGAAGUUGAGAUCACCCCUGCUGAAAUUGCAGAGCACCUGAUGAGAAGUGAGGAUGUUGAUCUUGCUCUUGAAGGGGUGGUUGAUUUGCUCAAGCAAAAGGGAGAGGCGAAGAAGAAUGAAACGCCAGAUGAUCAAAAGAAGUGCGAUGUCGAGGAAAAUAAAUCUGAUGAAGGUGUUGAUCAAGGCAAAAAGAGGAAGUUUAGGGGGAUUAUGAAAGAUUUGACGAAGUUUAGGAGGCGCAGAGGAAUUGGUAAGGGGAAAAUGUUGUAAUGACUUUUGAGUAAUGUAUGCAAGAAAAAAGUAGGGAAAAAAUGCGAUUUAGCCCCAUGUAAUAUUAUAAAUAUGCAAAUUACCCUCCUAUAAAAAAAAAAUAUAGCAAUUUAUCCUCUUAUGUUUUUUAAAAUACAGCAAAUUACCCCUUGUAUUUUUUAAAAUUAAGACUUUUGUCUUCCUAGACAGGGGGUAAAAUGCUUCGUUUUAAAAGUAUAGGGAGUAAAUUGUUAUAUUUUUUAUAGGGGGUAAUUUGCUCAUUUGUAAUAUCACAGGGAGUAAAUUG